GCCAGCGGCGGGGGACCUGGGGCAGAGAGCGGUUCGCGCGCUUCGGGCCUAGUCCGGACUCACCGCCGCCGCCGCCAUAUUCCCGUGGCAUCUUUCUUACCCUGUCCAUUUUCCGGGCUCGAGAUCUUCCUUCCGGAGCCAUGUCAGAAGGAGUGGACUUGAUUGAUAUAUAUGCUGACGAGGAGUUCAAUCAGGACCCAGAGUUCAACAACACAGAUCAGAUUGACCUGUAUGAUGACGUGUUGACAGCCACCUCACAGCCCUCAGAUGACAGAAGCAGCAGCACUGAGCCGCCACCUCCUGUUCGCCAGGAGCCAUCUCCCAAGCCCAAUAACAAGACCCCUGCAAUUCUCUACACCUACAGUGGCCUGCGUAAUAGGCGAGCUGCUGUCUAUGUGGGCAGUUUCUCCUGGUGGACCACAGACCAGCAGCUGAUCCAGGUUAUUCGCUCUGUAGGAGUCUAUGAUGUGGUGGAGUUGAAAUUUGCAGAGAAUCGAGCAAAUGGCCAGUCCAAAGGGUAUGCUGAGGUGGUGGUAGCCUCUGAAAACUCUGUCCACAAAUUGUUGGAACUUCUGCCAGGAAAAGUUCUUAAUGGAGAAAAAGUGGAUGUGAGGCCAGCCACCCGCCAGAACCUGUCACAGUUUGAGGCACAGGCUCGGAAACGUGAGUGCGUCCGAGUCCCAAGAGGGGGAAUACCUCCACGGGCCCACUCCCGAGAUUCUAGUGAUUCUGCUGAUGGACGGGCCACACCCUCUGAGAACCUUGUACCCUCAUCUGCCCGUGUGGAUAAGCCCCCCAGUGUGCUGCCCUACUUCAGUCGCCCUCCUUCAGCCCUUCCCCUGAUGGGUCUGCCCCCACCCCCAAUUCCACCCCCACCACCUCUCUCCUCAAGCUUUGGGGUCCCCCCUCCUCCUCCUGGCAUCCACUACCAGCAUCUCAUGCCCCCUCCUCCUCGAUUACCUCCUCAUCUGGCUGUACCUCCCCCUGGGGCCAUCCCACCUGCCCUUCACCUCAAUCCAGCCUUCUUCCCCCCACCAAAUGCCACAGUGGGGCCUCCACCAGAUACUUACAUGAAGGCCUCGGCACCCUAUAACCACCAUGGCAGCCGAGAUUCGGGCCCUCCGCCCUCUACAGUGAGUGAAGCAGAAUUUGAAGAGAUCAUGAAGCGGAACAGAGCAAUUUCCAGCAGUGCCAUUUCCAAAGCUGUAUCUGGAGCCAGUGCAGGAAAAGACAUCGGUCCCGAGAGAGGUCACCAAGCCGGUCCCGGGAAAGCAGCAGGAGGCACCGGGACCUGCUUCAUAACGAAGAUCGGCAUGAUGAUUAUUUCCAAGAAAGGAACCGAGAGCAUGAGAGACACCGGGAUAGAGAACGGGACCGGCACCACUGAGAAAGGAGUCUGGUUGGAAGCAAAUGUUUUUUUAAUGGACUUGCAUCUCCUCACCUUGAUCAGGACUAAAGGACGGAGGCCGCUCCACCCCUUCCCCUUCCUCCAAGCCCCUAACCCCUUCCAGACACCCACAGGGAAUACCCUCUGCCCUACAAGAUUGAAGAUUGCCUGGCGGCCCUCCCAGUCCCACUCCUGUUUCCCAGGGUAAAGAACCUAAAGACUUCAUGUGGUUGGGAGGGUGGCAGACAGGAAGAAACCAUGUCCAGGUCCCUGGUCUCCAUAGAGAACGGUGCUUUGUCCAAGGAAACGUAUGAGUUUCUGAUUCUCCAGGAGCAGUUCAGUGGUGAGGUUGAUGGGAAGACACCCUUCCCAAAGAAAACGGAUCCUCCCUGUGGGAUCUAGGAGAAUGACUGGGUGUGCCAAAAUAUGCCCAGGGUCCUGCCCUCAGCACUAGGUUUGGUGGGGCGAAGAGGGUCCAAACCCCUUGCUAACGUACCACUUCUUUAACUCCUUUACCUUCCCAGCCCUUUGAGGAGGGACCAUGAGAACAGAAAUUACUUUAUGGAAAGCUUCUCCUGUUCUUGCUUUUCCCUCUUACUUAUUGACGGUUUGUUUCCCUGACCUCCCAGGGGGCUAAAACCCUUUUAACUCCCUGCUGCCCAGCCUGCUCAGUGGACUUGCCCCUCCUAAGCAGAGAAGGCCCAUGAGGUUGCUUUCUGCUGGGGAGCCUGGCAGAGCCAAUUACCACCCUCUACUGCUUCUUGCUUGGUUGCCUCUUGCAAUAACCAGCUCCAAUAGAUGUUCCCUUUCCCUGGGGCUUUUCCAUUUCACAUGUGGAGCCCUUCCCCCAAGAAGGCUGCUUCCUUGUUUUAGAGGAAGGUACUGCCAUUGGGAGUCGGGGACAUCGGACCUCAGCAGUGAAGAACCCUUGUGAAAUACUAGGAGUGGGGAAGGAGGCAAGUUGGGCAGGAUAUGGCCUACUUCCAUAGGCUUUUCUUUUUUCAGGUUUGAUGUGAGCAUGGGCUUGCAUCCUCCAGGUACAUACUUUUACUUAUUGUGGGAUAACCUGGCACUAGUAGGUAAAGUCACAAAUUUGGUAUUUUUUCACCUUUUGAAUUUUGACUCAAUAGCUCCCCUCGCUCUGCCUGGAGGUACUUGCUGCCUCGCAUAAGGAGCAAGGAAGAAGUGGAGCCUGACUUUAACGAGCUCAGCUCAGAAUUCUAAGGACCACCACCCUGGGGGCCAUUUUCCACACAGGCAAAUGGAAUUGCUUUUCCCAUAACAUCCAGAUUGUGAGGCGCUGCUGCUCAAAGCAGCAGCAGCAACAGGGUCCUGCGGUACCCACGGGGCGACGGAUGCUACUUCCGCGUGCAUCUGUGGGGCACGCGACAUCGAACAGGAAACGUGGCACGUGGGAUGUAGGGUCGCUGGAGACCCUUCUGGCUCAGAGGGGAGACUGAGCUGGACCGAAGCCUGCACGUUUCUGACAUAGCCCUCGCUCAGUCACUGAGGGAGUCCCCCAGGGUUGGAGAGGCACAUUCCCUUGGGACAGAGGCUACAGGUUUGUAGCUUUUUUCCCCCUGUCCCCCAACCCCAUCCCCACCUCCACUUCAGAAUAUGGCACCCCGCCCAGCCGGCCAAGCGUUAAGUGAUGUGCUUAUCCUCGAGAGCAGCUCCGGGUGUCUUUUUAAUGUAGAGAAAACCAAGUAAGGUGACAGUUUAAGGAGAAAAAAAUAUAUAGAAUACCAGAAAAGCCGUUUACCCGGAGAAUUUUUUUCUCCCCAUUUUGUUUUUACUCAAUGACACAAUUUUUAGUUUUAUUUCCUGAUAGCAAAAGGAAAAAAACCCAACCCUCAAAAAGGCCAAGGCCCCGUCCCCCUGUUGUUGGUGAUUUGUUUGUCUUUCCAAUAGGUUGAAAAUUGUGUAAUAAACUUGAUGACACUGUCAAUCUUU